AUGUCUACUCAGGCGCCAACAUUUACACAGCCGCUGCAAAGCGUUGUGGCACUAGAGGGUAGUGCUGCAACGUUUGAAGCUCAAGUCAGUGGUAAGGAGAUCUCUUAUGUUCUUUUUAAACUGUACCUCACAGAUAUAGCUGACUGUCCAAACAUAGAUAUGAAUGUGUUGAAUCAUUGAUGUAAAACCACAUACAGAUAUAAAGCCUUUGCACAGCAAUAUUUUAUGAAGUGAUUACACAAGUAAUAUGUACCCUAUUAUGGGUUGGUUCCCCAGACACAGAUUAAGCCUAGUCCUGGAGUAAAAAGCUUUUGUAAUGGAGAAUCUCCAUUGAAAAUGCUUUUUAGUUCUGGAACUAGGCUUAAUCUGUGUCUGAGCCUGCCCAAUGUGAUAUUGCUGGCCUUUUCUCAACUUUGCUCUGAAUUGUAACUACUUGCUAUGAGUUUAACCAAAUUCAUAAUCAGCUCUGCUGUGCUGACUAGAAUGUUGACUUGACCUAAAGGUUCUCCAGUUCCUGAGGUGAGCUGGUUCCGUGAUGGCCAGGUUCUUUCCGCUGCCGCUCUGCCCGGCGCACAGAUCUCGUUCAGCGAUGGCCGCGCUGUUCUGAUGAUCCCUGCUGUGACAGCCGCACACAGUGGAAGAUUUUCUGUCAGAGCCACCAAUGGUGCUGGACAAGCCACUAGCACCGCUGAACUUCUCGUUACAAGUGAGAGAACCAGAGUUGAUAAAACAGUGAUGUUUGCUUUGUUUGAGGUUGUUCUAGCUAGCCAAUACUUUGGCUUGCCGUUUUAGACAGUGUCCUGCAUCAUACUAAAGAGUCAUCAUGGCUGCAAACAUAAAGGGCAGCCAAAGAUAUCAUAGUAAUAAUUAAUAAAGUUCUAGAAGCAGCCUCUCCAAUUGAAGUGACUGACCACAAGUACUGUAGGCCGAAUGCCCCUUCAUUAAUAGCUACUUCUGUCUUUUCUGACUUGUUCGAUUAACAGCACUUAAUUUCAGUGAUGAGAGUGGUUGCUGCAGUGUUGUUUACAUUUUACUCAUCCAAUAAUGAGAACCAAUAUUGAAUUAGGAAACUGCUGUUUAUACCUAAGAUGGCCAUGUUUUGGAGCUAUGUUUCUAAAUGGAGCUAUGCUUGUUUGUGUGUGAUUUUUUUCAGUUUAAGGAUUACAUUUAAAGUUGGAUAAAGUUGUUCUUCAGAUUUACCUGCUAGUGAGCUCAAUCACGAUCACUGUACUGUAACUAUUCAUAGUGACUAAACUACAUCCUCAAGUCAACUUCUUGAGUUGUCCAAUCGAAGUAGCGCCCAAUUGAAAUAGAUUUCUUAUCAUCUUGCCCUCCAGAACCACCCUAGACUCAGGUGUAGAUGUAACAUAGUAAAUGUAAAUCUAAGACACUCAAAUUAGUAUGUUAUGUUACGUAGGGUAUGUAUUAAUUUGUGGAUGUCCAUCAUCCAUUUCGUAUAUGUUACGAAUUACAAUUUGUAUGGUAUGUUAUGAAUUUGCAAUACGUAUGAUAUGUUAUGAAUUCCAAUUUGUUGUGGCUAACGUUAGCUAGGUAGCUAACUUUAGUUAAACUAGGGGUUAAGGUUAGGGUUAAGGUUAAGGGUUAGGGGAAGAGUUGGCUAACAUGCUAAGUGUUGCAAAGUAGAUAAAAAGUAGUAAGUAUAGUUGCAAAGUUGCUAAAAUGCUAAAGUUGUCCUUGAUGUGAUUAGAACACGCAACCUUUGCGUUGCUAGACGUCCGCGUUAUACGCCCAUCCAUCCUUUAGUUUUGGGCUUAAAUACCUUCUGUCUUUUGAAACUUCACCAAAUGUAACAAAUCGUACUAAUGUGAGUGUCACAGAUUUUUACAUUUACUAUGUUACAUCUAGUCUUUGAGACUAGGCUGUCAGAACUAGCAUUCUUAGGAUGCUAAACAAUGAUUGGGUAAAAAAAAGAUCUACCAUGUUCUAGGCACGUACAAUUAGCUACAUACUAUUUGACACAAAGCAAAUGUAUGCGCAAAAACAUUUAAAGUAAAAAAAAAACAAUUGACCCCGUCUACUGCUACAAUUGACCCCUGGCAUAGGGGCAAAUGUAACCAUCGGACCAUUUGGAUUCAAAUCUAUAUUACGAUCCAAAGAUAUUCUGUAGAGACCUAUACAUGGUAUAUGAUAAGUAGAUAGAUGUACGUUUCAUAUUUAAUAGUCUGGGUAGGCCGAAUGAAAAAAAUACUUACACUUGACCCCGGUCUCGCCUAGCCAAUGGAUCUCGGUGCUGCUCAAAUUGAGUUUCACUUCCACCAAUUUGUCUUUCAUUAUUUUUAACCAUUAAACGUAUUUUUCCCAACAGUGGAGACUGCGCCGCCCAACUUUAUUCAGAGACUUCAGAGUUUGACCGUGAGACAAGGAAGCCAAGUGAGACUGGAUGUUCGUGUGACAGGAAUCCCUACACCUGUGGUGAAGUUCUACAGAGAGGGAGCCGAGAUACAGAGCUCCGCUGACUUUCAGAUUGUUCAAGAAGGAGACCUUUACAGUUUGUUGAUUGCCGAAGCCUUCCCAGAGGAUUCUGGAACUUACUCUGUAAAUGCCUCAAACAGCAGCGGACGCGCUACCUCCACUGCUGAACUGCUGGUUCAAGGUGAGAAAGUUGAUUUGUGAUUAGGGGCGACAUGUUCUGUUCUUAAAAUUGCCGUGCGCCAACCAUAUCGCGUGCGUCAACUUUUGUCAGUGUUUUGGGCUUUUGGAAAUCCGACAUUGUAACAGCCUUUUCUCAGUUAGGCUUUCAUAAAAGUGAAGUUACAAGAAUUCCUGUUUCAAUUAUUUAUUGCGCAUUUCCUUAAUGUUUUUUAGACAGAAAAUAGCAUUUAUCUAGCCUAGAGGUGACCUAGCCUUCAAUGAGCCAGUCUGUCAGUGCAUUAAAACUGAAUGGAAACUGUGAUAGGCCCAAUUAAUUCCAUAUUGCCAUGUAGCCUAAACUGAAUUUGAACAACAGUUUUGAAUUCACAACUUGUCAUCAUGUUAAAUAAUUUGAUGGGAAAUUCAUCUUUAUAUUCGUUUCUGUCCAGGUGAAGAAGCUGUGCCUGCCAAGAAGUCUAAAACCGUCAUUUCAGCUUCCUCUCAGAGGACCUCCUCUCAGAGUCGCCAGACCAGAGUUGAGACAAGGGUAAAUAGACAUGAAAUAUUAUCUAAAAUGACUUGUGAUAACCUAACCCCAUAGGGCCACUAAGUAGACUCGACUAUGCAACCUUCUGUUUAAUGAGGGGAAGGACCACAACGUUAAAGCCUGGCCUAUAAUGUUUAUUUUUAUUUUUAUUUUGGGGGGGGUAGAUCAUCUUUAAUAUUGCAGAUAGAUUGUAACUUCCAUCAAUGUAAUUGUCUGCAUCACUUCCAAUCCCCCAUUUUUUUUUCUCGCAAAUAUAUAUACAUAUAUAUACAUAUACAUACAUACAUACAUACACAUACAAUAACACAUACAUAUACAUACAUAUACAUACAUCAUUUAUAUAUACAUAUCCUUUAAAAAAAUAUAUUUCCCUUUAUUACUUUCCAACCACACCACCCCUUCCCUAAUUGGAGUAAACUAGUGAACAACAACGCUUAGGCCUCUACUUCCAGCUUAUACAUACUAUAUACAUUUUAUGUAUGUUGUGCCCUACACAACUCAACAGAUCACCAGAUAAGGCAGUCUUAGAAAAUGCAAAAUGGCAAUUUUAUAUAGUUUCACAAGGGUUAGGAAAUGUAUGACUUUGUUUAAUAUGCAAGAUACUCAAUCCUGUCUAGCCAACCAGCUGACAGUCUCUGCACUGCAUCCCCGGGGAGCUGGAGCCUGCUCCCAACACCCCGCCCCCCCCCCCCCCGCCCCGCCCCCCCCGCCCCCCCCCCGCCCCCCCCACCCCCCCAAAACCACUACAAACCAAGAGUAUUUAAAAUAUUAGAAUGUGCACUAAAUCAUAUCACUACAAAAACACCUAGUGAAGAAUCGACACACCGAAAUGGAAGUAGUGAACGGGGAGCAGGGAUCUAUCUAUCCCAGCUUUCCCUCCCAACUGUGGGGCGGUGGCUGACUAGAGGGGGAGAAACAGACACUGAGUGCGAGAGCAGCGCUCCAAAACAAAAUCUAACUGACUUUGUGCAUCCAGAUCUGGAGCGCAUUAAUUAGAGAGAAAGCUCAAUCAAACAUAAAACAAAAAUCUAAGAAACAUGUUGUAGGCGUUUUGCAAGCGCUGUACAUCGCCUGGACUUCCCUUUACUGCCAUUGACUCAAUACGAGAGGUUAACAGGCCGUCCAUUGAAAUCCUGGCAUACCUUGACUGCAGAGCUCCACACACAACAGCAGCAAAAACCUCUAUACAAUCAAUCAUACAUCUAACAAUGUUUCUCUAUAUAUAAUAUCAAAGACGAAGGAUUGAGGCGUUUUGCAAGCGCUGUACAUGCGCCUGGACUGGUUCCCUUUCCACUGUCUCUCCUAUUGGACUUCAGUUACGAGACGAGUUAAGGCCUGGUCCUGGAUCUGACAAUUCCCUGGCAUACCCUUGACUGCAGAGCUCCACACCAUCCAGCAUCUGUCUUACCUCUUCUCAACAAAGUCGAAUGCCUCUCUCUAUCUAUCUCUCUCUCUCUCUCUCUCUCUCUCUCUCUCUCUCUCUCUCUCUCUCUGCCAAAAUAAUGGAAUCACUUGACUAAAUGAGGGAUACAACGUAUAUUGAAAGCAGGUGCAUCCACACAAGUGUGGUUCCUGUUAAUUAAGCAAUUAACAUCCCAUCAUGCUUAGGGUCAUGUAUAAAAAUGCUGGGCAGGCCAUUAUUUUGGCUACCAUGGCUAUUUUACAUUUUUUACAUUUUUAGUCAUUUAGCAGACGCUCUUAUCCAGAGCGACUUACAGUUUUAGUGAGUGCAUACAUUUUUCAUACUGUCCCCCUGUGGGAAUCAAACCCACAACCCUGGCAUUGCAAGCGGCAUGCUCUACCAACUGAGCUACUGGAGGCCCCAUCGAUGACAAUUCCCCCAUCCACAGGGUACGAGUGGUCACUGAAUGGUUUGAUGAGCAUGAAAACUAUGUAAAACUUAUGCCAUGACCAUCUCAAUGACCAGAUCUCAACCCAACUGAACACUUAUGGGAGAUUUUGGAGCUGCACCUGAGACAGCGUUUUCUACCAUCAUCAACAAAACACCAAAUGAUGAAAUUUCACGUGGAAGAAUGGCGUCGCAUCCCUCCAAUAGAGUUCCAGACACUUGUAGAAUCUAUGCCAAGGUGCAUUGAAGCUGUUCUGGCUCGUCGUGGCCCAAUGCCCUAUUAAGACACUUUAUGUUGGUGUUUCCUUUAUUUUGGCAAUUGGCAGUUGUAUCUGUCUGUCUGUUGAAGCUCAGUCAGAUAAAUACACUUUUAUUUCAAUAAAACACUAACCUUUAAUGUUGUUGUUUUAUUUUCAGAGUAUGGAGGCUCAUUUUGAAUCCUCAUCCAUGCAAAUGCAUGUUGAAGGUGGUGUAGUGAGCCAUCUAGCACACAAGACCCCACCACGUGUGCCCCCUAAGCCAACCUCAACCUCCAAGUCCCCAACACCAUCAUCUCUUGCAGCCAGGGUUGCAGGGGGACGUCAUCAGUCACCAUCACCUGUGAGACAUGUCAAGGCACCCACUCCGGCCCCUGUUAGGUAAAAAACGUUAUUUCAAUCCUACAUUAACAAUGAAGUGUAGCGAGUGCAACAAUAUUCCACCCAUAUAAUACAGACAGAUAGUUCACCUCAAUCUCCAUAGGGAAUAAGACCAUGUUAUUUUAUAAUACAGAAAUGACCAGGUAUUUAGGCUCCCUAGAAGUGACCUGGUAAAACAAUAAUUACAUUAUGAACAUAUGAAUUACUUGUUUGUCUAUUUACACUACAAAACACCAUUUGGUACCAGGUAAUAUACGAAUAAUGUAAAUGUUUUACAUUUAUAUUUUCUCUUUGUUUAAUGCAGGCCCGUAUCCCCCACUUCAAGACUGUCUGUGUCCCCAAUCAGACCAGUCAAAUCCCCACUGACCACACGCAAACAGGUAGCCCAUGGUCCUGAUGUCCUCCCACCAUGGAAGCAGGGAGACUUUGUUGAAGGGUCCAGCAGCUAUUCCAGCAGCAUGACUUCAAGUGCCACCCAUGCCCAGACUUCCAUGUCUGCCACUCAUGUUCACAUGGAGCAGCACUGGGAGGGCUCUUAUGGAUUGCAAACGACUGGGUCCGCUGUAUCUGGUGUCGCUGUGAGAGAGGUAAGGACAUUCUUAUUUCUUAGGGGCCCCUCUCUCAACUCUCUCUGUGGCAGAGCCAUCUUGUGGCUGAUUGCUGAAUGUGCAUGAGAGUUCAUAAGAGUUUUAAGAUUGUGAACUUAUUUGAUUUGCUGAUUCGCUCUCUUUUUGAGGCCUAAAUGAGUUUCAAUAUCCUGUCCAAUGAACGUUUGACUACCUGGAUGUAUUUUGGGAUCUAACAUGGCUCAUUAGGCUAGGUUGUCUGAAUUUAGAAAGUGAUGCCAGCCCCCUAUGUGAUGAUUGCAGCUAUUUAAGAUUGCAUCUAUUAUCAGUAAUAUGAUAAUGACGUUUGAAGCUAUUAUCAAAAAACUGAUGACUUCUGAUUGGAUCCUAAGUUAACGUUACUAAUGUAUGCUAGGAGGCGCAGCAUGAGAUGGAUGAUAAAUGCAUUGCUGUAGCUACUGUGGUAGCAGCUGUGGACCAGGCUCGCAGCCGCAAGUCUGCUGGUUUUACACCAGAGACAGUGCCGGUGCCAGAGCCUGUGCCUGUGGUGACACCCAGUACAGAGACACAGAGCACCUCUACUACUGUGGUGUUAAUGUCCACAACAAGGGAACAGGUAGUUAAUUAAUUAAUGAAGUACAACCCUUUUGUCCCUCCCUUCACAUCCAUUAUUUAUUUAUUUCCCUUUUUUCUGUCACCACACCCCCACAUUGGUAGACUCCCCUCACGCUUAACAAUAUUAUCCCUGAUCAACAUAGAGCAUUUUCCAUUUUAAAUUGUGGUAAUUUCACCGUACCCACAUAUUUGACCUCACAACCAUCUGUGAUUUUGUCACAUUCCCUAUGGUUUAUUUUUCACAUUCCCACUGGUGUUGUUGAGCUCCCCCAUAAUGUCGAUAUGUGUUAGUCAUAUUCUGAUUAUUUAUUCACCUAAUAUAUUACUCUCCUGCCCAUGGCUAUGUUUAUCAUAUAGAUCAUGCCAGAUUCUAUAGCUGUUGAACCAACUAUAGCGACACACACUGAUGACACUGUGGUACAGAACAGAGAGAUUGAAAUCUCUACUGUUACAUGUAUGAUGACAACCGAGGAGCAGGUAGCUUAAAGAUGCCACUUAAUGUUUUGUUUACUACUCUGAGCACUUUCCUGAAUCACUCACCCCACCUAUACUGUAUGUAAGCACUAUUUAAGUUGAAAUCACUACACAGGUCCCAUUUUCGAUAUGGUAUUAUCACGAUACUUAGGUGCCGAUACGAUAUGUAUUGCGAUUCUCACUAUUCUAUAUGUAUUGCUAUUUGUUACUGUGAUUUCAUUGCGAUUUGAUGUUCCAAACAUAUUGCUCUCUAUAUGUCUGCAGCAGAGAGACGAGCGAGCCAUGAGAAAAUUUGUUUUUUGAUCAGUAAUGGAAAUAAGUGCUGAAAAACAUGUUGCCUCACUAUUUAAAAAGAAGAUGGAGAACAAGCUAUAGGAUGAAAAAUACCAGAGUUUUGGCAUAGGUACAGCUGACUAGCACUAGCUAACGCUACCUAGCAAAAUAUAUAUAUAAUAAAUUAUAUACAUAUUUAUUGUAUUUUAUACAAAUAAAAAAAUAAUAUCGUAAUAUGUAACUGCAUAGAUUUUUUCCCCCAUCACUACGUUUAAGAGGAAAAUGCGGUCCCAAGUCAGUUGAGCAAAAAUUAUUGGUAUUUCAAUUAGUCAACUGCAUGUUCAUUUUCACUAUUGCACAACCAAUUAAACUAAACUAACAUGAUUCCAUGCAUUAAUGAUGACAUGUUAUUACCAGGUAAUGCACACAACAUUUGUUUGUUUUUAUCCACGGGUAUAAUGUUUUUCCUGUUUGUCAUCAUUAUGUGAAUCUGUUUGCUGUCGUAGUGACUGCUGCCAUGGAUGCUAUGUAUGAUAUCUAUGUGCUGUAUGUAUGACAUUGAUUGCUUGUUGUCUCAAAGGUUGAGGGUGGGAAAAAAGCGGAGGCAAAGGCUACAGUGGUUGCUGCUGUCGACCUAGCACGUGUUCGGAAGCCUUUGCAUGCUGAGGGGGGUCAUGCUGAAGAGGAAACCAUACACUCUGAUUUAAAACAGCAGACGAUGAUGGCUACUACUGAGCAACAAGUCACAGUGAAAACUGAGGCUGCAACUUUGCCAAUGGUGCAAAUACCAAUAAUACCACCACCAUCGAUUCAAACAACAGCUGAUGAGCAGAGUAUUCAUGUUACGCAGGUUUGCUAUCUUUUUAAAUAUAAAAAGAUGCUGCAUUUUCUCUGAUAGGUUUCUCAGGAGUUCUGCAUUGAGUUGACUUGCCCUUACUCUAUAACACUUUGUUGGUUACUUUAGAUACAAAGAAGUACAGAAACUACUACCGCCCCCAUGGAAACUGCCCUCGCACCAUCCCCAAUUCCACAUUUCACAGUUUCAAAAGUUACUGUUCCUAAACCUGACCAUAGCUAUGAGGUAAGCCUAGGACAUAUCAGGCAAGCAGUGGUACACACUAUUUAAUGCCUCAGUUUAAGUGAUAAAGUAAUAAUCAAGUAAUACAUUGCUGGCCUCUCUGGUCAACUAUGCAAUAGGUCUCUUAAACCUGUCUGACAUAAAACUGUUUUGAUCUCUAUCUCUCGAUAUACAGUUUAUGUUCAACCACAUUUAAUCUUAACAGACCAUCCAAUCCUAACACACAGUCUGCACUGCCGUAUUAUGCAUUGUACACAGAAUAAAUAUUCAUUCUAAAUAACUUAAUUCUACCUCUUCUCAGGACACACCAUAAAAAUUAACUCUUAGAAAUCAACAAUAUUUAGCUUAGCAAAUAUUCCCUAUAAACUAAUGCUCACUUCAUCCGUAUAGAUCGUCAUCCAUUCCAUUAUAUUUUUGAGUGAUCAGCCUUAAUAUUUCUAAACAAAGCAGACAAUAUCAUAAUGUGUUGUUCUGAUUCGUGAUGAUAAUGCUAUUCUCCUUGGGUUGGUCAGGUUUCAAUAGCAGGUUCUGCUAUUGCCACACUGCAGAAAGAGUUAUCCUCUACCUCUGCACAUGCUGCUCAAAAGAUCAUCAAGCCAGUCAAGCCUCCAUCUCCUAGUCUCCACCGUAAGGUUGUGGACAUGAUGCCAGCGCCAACCCCAUCUCCGUUUAAGGAUAUCUCCGAGAGAUAUAAGACGCAUUUCGACACUCAGUUACAGACUCAGAUAGGCGCUACGUUUACAGGGGAAACGGAGCAAAUGUAUAAAGAUUUGGAAACAAAGGUUUGUAGUCCGGAGUGUUGUGCUCUCUAAAUAACACUGUGUGGCGUCUCACCUCACUGAGUGGUAUUAGUACACCUUCUCUUCACCAUAACGCCGAAGCCUCGCCACGUUCUCUUUGUUUCAGAACCCAUCUGCAUCACAAAGAAAGCCCACCUUGCUAUCCUCUUCCUCUUUUCUUCUUCAUAUAUCUGUUCCCAGCCUGUGUCACAACCCGUCUUUGUCUUUUCAGGAUUCACUCUUAACUUGCUUCCAUUUUACCCAUCUUUCACCACUCCCAAAGUCAAGUUCAGAUACUGUACUGUAUGUGACUCUUUGUGACCUAUGUGCAUUUUCCAUAGAUCGUUGAGACUGCAGCAGUCCCAUCACCUGCACAAGAGCCAGUUGUGCCACCUACUCUUGUAGCUGUAAGUAUUUCUCUUGUGGAUGUAUUUCAGGUCGUAUAAGUUAUUGUUGUCUAUUCAGGCGUCCUUUCCAUUCGUCUUUUUCUAAAUAUCAACAGGUCAGUAAAACUAUUGUUUUUUAUUUUGUUUUCAGGGAUUGAAGAACUUGACUGUGACUGAGGGUGAGUCUGUGACUCUGGAAUGCCAAAUCUCUGGUCACCCUGCCCCUGGCAUCAUGUGGUUCAGGGAGGACUACAGAAUUGAGAGCUCCAUUGACUUCCAGAUCACUUAUGAGAGUAAAUGUGCCCGUCUGGUCAUCCGCGAGGCCUUCGCAGAAGACAGCGGUCGCUUCACUUGCACUGCUACUAGCGAGGCUGGAACUAUCAGCACAUCCUGUUACCUGCUUGUCAAAGGUAAACAGGCAGUUUAGUUUUGAACAUUUCUGUCUACAAAACUACGUACUGUUGAGGUGUAAUACUGUACUGCCGAAUGGUUUAUAGGUUUAUGAAUGUGCUAAUACUUGUAUACAUUUCUUCCUUUUAGUAACCGAGGAGAUAGAGACCAGGGAAGAGAUGACACAACAAGGAACUGUCACUGUGUUUGACCUUACUACUCAAGACAAACUGUGAGUGCUAACUAUUUUAUACCACUACAUUUGGAAACUCUUGACAUGGACAAUUAUGAAUCAUGUGCCAUCUAUUGACAAGGGAAAACGGAAUCAUUCUAUGAUACUUAUCAAACAUUAUGAAACCAUUCACCAGCAAAUCAUAGUGAAUCUUCCCUGAUUGAGUUUUGCGAAUGGGGAGGAAGUCAUUUGACUUGUUUGAUAUUACAUUUGCCCUAAUUACUGUAUAUUUCGAAUGCCCUUCAAACAGCUUUACUGCUGAAGCGAAGGAGGAGACCAUGUCGGAGGUGAGCGCUGCCACCGCCACCGCAGGUUCACCAGUGGAUACUGCAGAUGCCGUAGCUCCCUUCUUUGUCAAGAAGCCUACUGUACAGAAGUUGGUGGAGGGCGGACGUGUUGUCUUUGAGUGCCAGAUCGGAGGCAACCCCAAGCCACACAUUUUUUGGAAGAAAAGUGGAGUGCCCCUUACUACAGGAUACAGGUAGCCUACUUGUGACACAUUUUCAAUUUCUCUCUAUUUUGCAUUUGUAAGACUGAGUUGAUCAUUCAUUGUACUGUUUAAAAUGUAUAACUUAUUCACCCAUUAGAUAUAAAGUCCACUACAAUAAGGAAAGCGGAGUGUGUAAAUUGGAGAUCUCCAUGACGUUUGCUGAUGAUGCUGGAGAGUACUCCAUCUUUGCCAGGAACCCACUUGGAGAAGCCUCUGCCUCAGCUGGACUGCUGGAGGAAGGUCAGUUGCUUUAAUCAAAAUGUUGUUUAAUCUCAUGGACUACAAACCAUGCUCAGUUGACGUUGCUUUUAAAUCCAGUAAUAGGGUGCAUCCCAAAUGGCACCCUAUUCCCUACAUACAGUAGUGCACUACUUUUGACCAGAGCCCUAUGGCCUUUGGUCGAAUGUAGUGCACUAUAUAGGGAAUAGGGUGCCAUUUGGGACACUCAUUGGCUUUAUCUGGUUCCAUGAAACCAGACCAUAAUGUUUUAACUUUUGUUUACACAUCGUAUAUUUUGUUUACAGGGGAAUAUGAAGAAUACAUGAAGAAACAUGAAAUUACAUAUAAGAGUGAAGUAAUUACAACGGUGCAGGUGGAUGUACCCCCUGUUGUUGUGAGCGAAUAUGACGACAACCAGAUGUAUAGGCAGAGGAGAAUGACACAGCAAGCACAAACACAAAGCUUUGUUUCAACGCAGGUAUGCGCAUGAAAAGAAACAAUACAUUACUUAUACAAUACAGAACUUAUUUUGCUGAUACCUGUUUUAUGGAGGAAAGUUUUACUGACUGUGAUAUGUGGUUGUUUAAUUCACUCUGGAUAAGAGCAUCUACUAAAUUACUAAAAUGUAAACGUAAUUAUUGUGAUGUUAUGGCAUUUGAUUUGUUCUCAACCACCUGUUAUGAAAUGAGACAACAGCAUGCUUUAGUCCAAUGUGUUUUUUACAGGAACUCCAGAUUUCUUCCUUUGAGGAGAGGAUUAUCCAUGAGAUUGAGAUCCGCAUUCUGCAAAUUACCUACCAACAAAUUGUGACUGAGGAUCGGGAAGAGAUGGUGACUUGUGCAGAUCGUGAGGCUUUACAGUCAGCCUUUACCACUCCAGUUAAAAACUACAGGAUCAUGGAAGGAAUGGGUGUUACUUUCCACUGCAAAAUGGCAGGAACUCCACUGCCCAAGGUAGUAAAGAAACCAUGUACUUGUAUUUUACAUUGAGUUUAAUAUAAAAUGUUGUAUAUAUUCAUCAAACGUUUCUUGUCUUUCAAAAGAUUGUGUGGUACAAAGAUGGCAAGCGUAUCCAUCAUGGUGGCCGUUACCAAAUGGAGAGUCUUCAGGAUGGUAGAGCCAGCCUGCGUCUUCCUGUGGUGCUGCCAGAGGAUGAGGGUGUUUACACAGCAUUAGCUAGCAACAUGAAGGGCAACUCUGUGAGCUCAGGGAAACUGUACGUGGAGCCCACUGCCGUUGCAGGAGCUCAGCGUUACACGCCUGAACCUCAGGCAAUGCAGAGAAUUAGGUGAGAUUUUAACUACCAAAUGUAACAGGGUUAUUACCAGAUUUUAAUUUAUAUUUGUUUAACAUAGCCAUCAUAAAAACUUCCCAAGUAUCACUGAUUUUGGUAUUUAUUUGCUCAGGUCCCAGUCCCCAAGAUCUCUGAGUCGCUCUCCCGGACGCUCUACUAGUCGCUCUCCCGCACGCUCUCCUGCUCGCAGGCUUGAUGACACUGAUGAGAGUCAGCUGGAGAGACUGUACAAGCCUGUGUUUGUCUUGAAGCCACAGUCAUUCAAGUGUGCUGAAGGGCAGACUGCCAGAUUUGACCUGAAAGUAGUUGGUAGACCCAUGCCUGACACCUUCUGGUUCCACAAUGGUAAGUGAUGUGAAAACAUGUUCUCUUCUCUCAUCUAACUAGUUUGAUCAAAAUCAUACAUUUAUUCCUCUCUUUGUGUUCUUCUUUUCAGGGCAACAAGUUGUCAAUGAUUACACACACAAGAUAGUGGUGAAGGAAGAUGGAACUCAGUCACUGAUUGUGGUUCCAGCCAUGCCCCAUGACUCUGGAGAGUGGACGGUAGUUGCUCAAAACAGAGCUGGAAAAAGCUCUGUGUCCAUGACACUUACAGUUGAUGGUAAGAUCUUUGUCUUGCAUGUAGUAUACUCAAUCCUCAUUUGAAGCUCAAAAUGAAUUGUCAGUUUAUAUUAAUACAUCAUAUACCAUUGUUGACUGAUAGCAUUGUCCUCGUAUAUGUUUCUCCAUUUACAGCCAAAGAAAACUUGAUUAGACCCCAGUUUAUUGAGAAGCUGAAGAAUGUCAGUGUCAAGAAAGGAACUCUCGUUGAGUUGGCUGUCAAAGCCAUCGGAAACCCCCUGCCUGACAUUGUUUGGCUGAAAAACAGCGACAUCAUCUCCCCACAGAAGCACCCAAAUAUCAAGUAUGUGUUUUGACCCAACUGUUAUCACAAUGUGCACAUGCCUAUGAUAUACAUCAUGUGCACUAAAUACCUCUCCAGUCACGAUCUUUAUUUUACAUGGCUAUACGUAAUGCUGAUUUACUAACGAUGAUGUCUGUUGUAGGAUUGAGGGCAUCAAGGGAGAAGCCAAAUUCCAUAUCCCACAGUCAGUAAGCUCUGAUAGUGCCUGGUAUACAGCCACAGCCAUUAACAAAGCUGGAAGAGAUACCACUCGCUGCAGGGUCAACAUUGAGGUGGAUGCUGCUGAACCUGCGCCAGAGAGGAGAAUCAUUAUCACCAAAGGAACCUACAAGGCCAAGGACAUUGCAGCUCCAGAGUUGGAACCCCUGCAUCUCCGUUAUGGUCAAGAGCAGUGGGAGGAGGAUGACCUAUAUGACAAGGACAAGCAGCAGAAACCACAGUUCAAGAAGAAGCUGACUUCUGUCAGGCUGAAGCGUUUUGGCCCAGUCCAUUUUGAAUGCAGACUGACCCCAAUUGGUGAUCCCACUAUGGUGGUUGAGUGGUUGCAUGAUGGCAAACCCCUGGCAGCUGCUAACAGAUUGCGCAUGGUUAAUGAAUUUGGCUACUGUAGUCUUGACUUUGAAGUUGCCUAUGCCAGAGAUAGUGGUGUCAUCACCUGCAGAGCCACUAACAAGUUUGGAGUUGACCAGACCUCAGCUACACUGAUUGUAAAGGAUGAGAAGAGCCUUGUUGAGGAGACUCAGUUACCUGAGGGCAGGAGGGAAAUACACAGAAUUGAUGAGAUGGAGCGCAUGGCUCACGAGGGAGGUCCUUCUGGAGUCACUGGGGAUGAGUAUUCAGAGAAGUCAAAGCCUGAAAUUGUCCUUCUUCCCGAGCCAGCAAGAGUGCUGGAAGGUGACAUUGCAAGAUUCCGUUGCAGAGUAAUCGGUUAUCCUACGCCUAAGGUUAACUGGUACCUCAAUGGACAGCUCAUUCGCAAGAGCAAGAGAAUGAGACUUCGCUAUGAUGGUAUUUACUAUCUUGAAAUUAUAGAUAUCAAGUCAUACGAUGCAGGAGAUGUCAAAGUGGUAGCAGAGAACCCAGAGGGCACAGCUGAGCAUCUGGUGAAGCUCGAGAUCACACAGAGAGAGGAUUUCAGAUCCAUUCUCCGUCGCGUCCCUGAACCAAAGGAACAUGAAAUUACUGAACAUGGGAGAGUUAGCUUUGAAGUUGUGAAGGUUGACAGACCAGCUGAUGCCCAGCCAAAGGAAGUUGUCAAACUGAGGAAGACUGAAAGAGUCAUCCAUGAGAAGUCCACAGAGGAGACCGACGAGUUGAAGAGCAAAUUUAAGCGCAGGACAGAGGAAGGUUAUUAUGAAGCCAUCACUGCUGUGGAGCUAAAGUCCAAAAGGAAGGAUGAGUCCUAUGAGGAUAUGCUUAGGAAGAGGAAGGAAGAACUGCUUCAUCACAUGAAAGAGUUGACUGAGGCUGAGAAGAAGAAAGAGAUGGAGGAGGGGCAACUCACCAUCCCCACAAUCAAACCAGAGAGAGUACAGCUCUCUCCCAGCAUGGAAGCUCCAAAGAUCUUGGAACGCAUUGCUAGCCAGACCGUGUCUCAGACCGAGGAAGUUCGCUUCAGAGUCAGAGUUGUCGGCAAACCAGAACCUGAGUGCCAGUGGUUCAAGAAUGGAAUUCUGCUGGAGAAGACAGAUCGUAUUUACUGGUACUGGCCUGAAGACCACGUGUGUGAAUUAGUGGUCAGAGAUGUCACAGCAGAAGACUCUGCUAGCAUCAUGGUCAAAGCAAUGAACAUUGCUGGAGAGACAUCAAGCCAUGCAUUCCUGCUGGUGCAAGGUAAAUUAUCUAUUUCAAUGCAUAUGAAGCUUGUAUUCUACAAAUAGUUAAAGGUCCAAUGCAGCCGUUUCUAUAUAUAUUUUUUAUUUUUGUAUAUAUUUUUUUCUUAUUGUAAAAAAAAAAAAAAGUAUAUCUUUUUUUUGUAAUUUAGCAGACGCUCUUAUCCAGAGCGACUUACAGUUAGUGAGUGCAUACAUUUUUCAUCCUGGCCCCCUGUGUGAAACGAACCCAUAACCCUGGCGUUGCAAGCGCCAUGCUCUACCAACUGAGCUACAGGAGGGCCUAUCUCAAUAUCAAAUCAUUUCUGGGUAACAAUUAAGUACUUUACUGUGAUUUGUUUUCAAUUAAAAUGGUCAACAACAAAAAAAGUGCUUCUUAGCAAAGAGCAAUUUCUCAAGCAAGAAUUUUGCUAGGACAGUCUCGGAGUGACUGAUUAGGGAGGGGAAAACUGAAAACUAGCUGUUAUUAGCAAAGGUUUUGAACUCUUAUUGGUCUAUUAUCUAAUUUACCGCCAGGUGUCACCAGGUGCCAUCCCACCGAAAAAGGCUGAAAUUUCAGGCAGUCUUUUCAAACAGCUCUUAACCUAAAAGGGCACUAUCAUUUUCACAAUUUCACAGUAUUAUUCCAACCUCAUAUUGUGGAAAUACAGUACAUUCGGAAAGUAUUCAGACCCCUUGACUCUUUUCACAUUUUGUUACAUUACAACCUUAAUCUAAAAUUGAUUAAAUUGUUUGUUUUCCUCAUCAAUCUACACACAAUACACCGUAAAAACUGUUUUUUAUAAUUUUUUGCAAAUGUAUUAAAAAGAGAACAUAAAUAUUACAUUUACAUAAGUAUUCAGACCCUUUACUCAGUACUUUGUUGAAGCACCUUUGGAAGCGAUUACAGCCUCGAGUCUUCUUGGGUAUGACACCACAAGCUUGGCACACCUGUAUUUGGGGAGUUUCUCCCAUUCUUCUCUGCAGAUUCUCUCAAGCUCUGUCAGGUUGGAUGGGGAGCGUCGCUGCACAGCUAUUUUCAGGUCUUUCCAGAGAUGUUCGAUUGGGUUCAAGUCCGGGCUCUUGUUGGCCCACUCAAGAACAUUCAAAGACAUGUCCUGAAGCCACUCCUGCGUUGUCUUGGCUGUGUGCUUAGGGUCAUUGUCCUGUUAGAAGGUGAACCUUCGCCCCAGUCUGAGGUCCUGAGCACUCUGGAGCAGGUUUUCAUCAAGGAUCUCUGUAUUUUGCUCCUUUCAUCUUUCCCUUGAUCCUGACUAGUCUCCCAGUCCCUGCCACUGAAAAAUAUCCCCACAGCAUGAUGCUGCCACCACCAUUCUUAACCGUAGGGAUUGGGCCAGGUUUCCUCCAGACGUGACGCUUGGCAUUCAGGCCAAAGAGUUCAAUCUUGGUUUUAUCAGACCAGAGAAUCUUCUUUCUCAUGGUCGGAGAGUCCUUCAGGUGCCUUUUGACAAACUCCAAGCGGGUUGUCAUGUGCCUUUUACUACGGAGUGGCUUCUAUCUGGCCACUCUACCAUAAAGGCCUGAUUGGUGAAGUGCUGUAGAGAUGGUUGUCCUUCUGGAAGGUUCUCCCAUCUCCACAGAGGAACUCUGGAGCUUGUCAGAGUGACCAUCAGGUUCUUGGUUACCUCCCUGACCAAGGCCCUUCUCCCCCGAUUGCUCAGUUUGGCCGGGUAGCCAGCUCUAGGAAGAGUCUUGGUGGUUCCAAACUUCUUCUAUUUAAGAAUGAUGGAGGCCACUGUGUUCUUAGGGACCUUCAAUGCUGCAAAGAAAUGUUGGUACCCUUCCCCAGAUCUGUGCCUCGGCACAAUCCUGUCUCAGAGCGCUACGGACAAUUCCUUCGACCUCAUGGCUUGGCUUUUGCUCUGACAUGCACUGUCAACUGUGGGACCUUAUAUAGACAGGUGUGUGCCUUUCCAAAUCAUGUCCAAUCAAUUGAAUUUACCACAGGUAAAUCAAGUUGUACAAACAUCUCAAGGAUGAUCAAUGGAAACAGGAUGCACCUGAGGUCAGUUUCGAGUCUCAUAGCAAAAGGUCUGAAUAAUUAUGUAAAUAAGGUAUUUCAGUUUUUUUAUUUUUAUACAUUUGCAAACAUUUCUAAAAACGUGUUUUCGCUUUGUCAUUAUGGGGUAUUGUGUGUAGAUAGAUGAGGAUAAAAAAAAAAAUCCAUUUUAGAAUAAAGCUGUAAUGUAACAAAGUGGAAAAAGUCAAGGGGCCUGAAUACUUUCUGAAUGCGCUGUAUAUAUGAAACAGGCGAAAAUCAAGUUUUUGACAGCACUGGGCAUUUAAACGUUGUAUGCAAUUUUGCAUAGAGAACUAUAGAGAACUGUUGUAUGUCCACCUUGAAAAUGCAUAUUAAAUAUGUGUAUUUCCUCUGUUUCACUUUAGCCAUUACAGUAAUUAGCUUCACUCAACAACUAGAGGAUGUGGAAUCUAAAGAGAAGGACACCAUGGCGACCUUUGAGUGUGAAACAAAUGAGCCUUUUGUCAAAGUCAAAUGGCUGAAGAACAAUGUUGAGAUUUUCUCUGGAGACAAAUACAGGAUGCACUCAGACAGAAAGGUUCAUUUCCUUUCUGUACUGAUCAUCAACAUGAAGGACGAUGCAGACUACAGUUGUGUUGUUGUUGAAGAUGACCACAUCAGGACCACUGCCAGACUCAAUGUGGAAGGUUGGCAGUUUUUCUUACUAUAUUACUAUAUCACUGACUUCAACAAUUAUUUUCAACUGUGAAAAUAGUGAAGUUGGAAUACAAACAGUAACUUUGAAACAGUUAUACUUAGUAAUGUCUCAUUGUGCAGGUGCUUCACUGUCAAUUCUGAAGAGGCUGGAGAACAUUGAAGUGCCUGAGACCUACUCUGGGGAGUUUGAGGUUGAAUUAUCUCGAGAGGAUGCUGAAGGUACAUGGUACUUCAAUGACAAGGAAAUCACUCCCAGCAGCAAAUAUGUUACCUCCUCCCGUCGUGGACGCCAUGCCUUGAGUGUCAAAGACGUCAAGAAAGAAGAUCAGGGAAAAUAUACAUUCAAAAUUGCUGAUAUGCAGACCAGUGCCUCCCUGAAGAUGAAACGUGAGUUGUGAUUGUUAUUAGUGUAAUUAGCUUGUUCUCUUCCAAUCCAUGUCAAGACAACCAUUACUGUUGAAAAAGUGGGAUGAACAGUGUAGUAAUGUCAAUGUCUUUUCCUUCAGUGCGCCCUGUGACACUGAUGCAACCCCUCACUGACCUGACGAUCUGCGAGGGUGACAUCGCUCAGUUAGAAGUGCGAUUCUCUCAGGAAAACGUUGAGGGAACAUGGAUGAAGAAUGGCCAAGCAAUCUCCGCCACAGAUCGCAUCCACAUCGUUAUCGACAAACUGGUCCACAAGCUGCUUGUUGAAAACGUGAGCAGAGACGAUGCUGCAACAUACUCCUUCGUUGUCCCAGCUCAGGAUAUAUCCACCUCUGGGAAGUUGAACAUUCAAAGUAAGUACAUUUUAUCAGUCUGACUAUAUUCAUAUUGGUAUAAUUCUAUUGUGAAUCAUCAGAUAUUUAAAAAAUAAAUAAUUCUCUGUGUUUUACAGCGAUUGAUAUUUUGAGCCCACUCACUGAUAUUACCUCAGUUGAGGGCACCAAUGCUGUUAUUGAGGCUAAAAUCUCUGCUGCUGAUGUUACCUCUGUGAAAUGGUUCCACAAUGACAAGCUUGUGAUGCCCAGUGAGAGAAUCCAGAUGCUUGCAAAGGGAUCCAAACAGCGCCUGGUAUUCCACAGGACCUUUGCCUCUGAUGAAGGAACCUACAAGCUAUGUGUUGGCAAAGCUGACUCUAGCUGUAAACUGACUAUUGAAAGUAAGUUGUUUUUACCGAUUGUGUUAGAUGUUGAUUCAAACUACAUUGAUACAGACCCUAUUCAACAUAUUUUGUUAUUUUACAGAAAUUCACAUCACCAAGCAUAUGGAGGAUCAAGUUUGCACAGAGACCCAGAAUAUAACAUUUAAAGUUGAGGUUUCCCACCCUGGCAUUGCCGCUGUGUGGACCUUCAAGAAACAACCACUCAAAGCUAGUUCAAAGCAUAAGAUUGAGGCCAAGGGCAAAUAUUACAGCCUGACUGUCAUUAAUACCAUGAAGGAUGAAGAGGGACAAUACGCAUUCGCUGCUGGUGAACAGACAUCCAGCGCAAAGCUUACUGUGUCAGGUAUGUUUAACAUCUUCAUAAUUUCUUACGUAAACUCCUUCAGAAAAUAUGUACAUUUCAUGAAUUGAUAGACAUUUUCCCUACCCUGACUUAAAGGUGUCUGCUGAGUAAGAUCGGAUUGGUUCCUUAUUGGUUUCUUAUUUUCUUAAUAUACCAUAUUAAAGCUGUAUCUCCACCAUCCACUACCCUUUCACUACCCUAUUUACCAGUUAUCUAAAGUAAACCAUGUCUCUAUGUUCCCAGGUGGUGCCAUAAACAGACCACUCCAGGACGUGACUGUGGCUGACUCUCAGACAGCUGAGCUGGAGUGUGAGGUGGCCAACCCAACUGCUGAGGGCAAGUGGCUGAAGGAUGGACAACCCGUGGACUUCAGUGAUAAUGUCAAACAUAUGAACAAUGGAGCUGUCAGACGUCUUGUUAUUACCAUAACCAGACACAAUGACAUCGGUGAAUACACUUACCAGGUCGCAAACUCCAAGACAACAGCCAACCUGAGAGUUGAGGGUAGGUGUUAAAUCCUGAGCGGAAAUUGUUGUUUAUUUUAAACGGGUGUUAGCAUUAAUAUAUGCCUAUUAUAUGAUUACUAUAUGACUGCUGUAAUGUAAUGUUAAUGUUUGAUUUCAUAGCUGUGAAAGUCAAGAAGACCCUGAAGAACCAAACUGUCACUGAGACACAGGAGGCAGAGUUCAGUCUUGAGCUCACCCACAAGAAUGUGAAGGGCUCACAAUGGAUUAAGAAUGGUGUAGAGAUCAAACCUAGUGAGAAAUAUGAAAUCACAACUGAUGGCAUGGUCCACACCUUGAAGAUCAAGAACUGCGACACACGCGAUGAAUCAGUUUAUGGAUUCAAACUUGGGAAACUAUCUGCUAAUGCCAGAUUGAACGUUGAGAGUAAGUGCAUAUUUUAACUGUCACAAAUUGAUUUAUACAAUCAAGUAUACAAAUGUAUGUAUACUUGAAAUGUUUCUACUUGCCCUUUGAGGUUUUUGACUCCCAUCAAUCUCUUUUUCAGCAAUCAAGAUUGUGAAGAAGCCUAAAGAUGUGACAUCACUAUUGGAUGCCACUGCCUCUUUUGAGCUGAGUCUGUCCCAUGAUGACAUCCCUAUCAAAUGGAUGUUCAAUAACAAGGAGCUUAAACCAAGUGAAAACGUCAAAAUACUGUCUGAGAGAAAAGCUCACAAGCUGACCAUCCAGAAUGUGAAGACUGACAACCAUGGAGAGUACACAGCUGUAGUUGGAAACCUGCAAUGCAGCGCAUCUUUAUAUGUUGAAGGUCGGUAUUGAGUUUGAUGAAUAGACUAGAGUACUGGAUACAUGAUUGCUGAAUACUCAAUUGAUACCUUUUACUUAAAUGUAGAUUUUAUGUGAUUUUUCCAGCUCUGCGUGUCACAAAACCCAUCAAGAACAUUGAAGUCCCAGAGACCCAUGUGGCCACUUUUGAAUGUGAAGUUUCACACUUCAAUGUCCCAUCCACCUGGCUGAAAAAUGGAGUGGAGAUUGAAAUGAGUGAAAAGUUCAGGAUUGUGAUGCAGGGCAAACUUCACCAGCUCAAGAUCAUGAACACUAGCAGAGAAGACUCGGCAGAAUACACUUUUGUCUGUGGAAAUGACAGAGUCUCAGCCACUUUGACCGUCAAUGGUAAGUUUACUCUUCAUUAUCAAUGAAGUAAUCCCUAAUCAUAUUAUUGUCAGAACUUAUCGUAACAUUUUCCUUUUUACCUUAGCCAUUUUGAUCACCUCCAUGCUGAAAGACCUCAAUGCACAGGAGAAAGACACAAUCACAUUUGAAGUGAAUGUCAACUAUGAGGGCAUCACCUACAAGUGGCUCAAGAAUGGUGUUGAGAUUCCCUCCACAGAAAGAUGCCAGAGCCGCACCAAACAGCUAACUCACUUGCUCACCAUCCGAAAUGUUCAUUUUGGUGAUAGUGCGGAGUACAAGUUUGUGGCUGGUUCUGCUGCGUCAUCAGCAAAGCUUUAUGUUGAUGGUAUGUUCUUAUUUUUCUUCCAUUUUCAAAAAAAAUAUUUUCCUGUAUAUUUCACAAUCUUAGGUCUUAUUUCUGUACUUUGUGUUUUAGCUCGCGUUAUUGAAUUCACCAAGCAUAUCAAAGAUAUCAAGAUUACAGAGAAGAAGAGGGCCACUUUUGAAUGUGAGAUCUCUGAGCCUAAUGUUCAGGUGAUGUGGAUGAAAGAUGGACAGGAGCUGGACAGUUCCGAAAGGUACGUCUUAUUACCAUCAAUAUUAGACCUGGUGAAGAUACUAAUGGGUAUCAUAAUAAACUAAUCUUAACUAUUCAUCUGUAUCUAACUGUUAUUUCUGAAUGCCUUGACAGAUACACCGUAUCCACUGAGAAAUUCCUGCACCGUCUAAUGAUCCAGUCAGUCCGCAUGUCUGAUGCCGGAGAGUAUUCUGUUGUUGCUGGUACAAGCAUGUCAAAGGCUUAUCUCACCGUGGAGGGCAAAGAUGUCCGCAUUACAGAGCCUGCUGAGAAGAAAAUGACGGUGAAUAUGUAUUUGACACAUUUUUGACACAUAGUCCCUUGUAGCUCAGUUGGUAGAGCAUGGCGCUUGCAACGCCAGGGUUGUGGGUUCGUUUCCCACGGGGGGCCAGUAUGAAAAUGUAUGCACUCACUAACUGUAAGUCGAUCUGGAUAAGAGCGUCUGCUAAAUGACUAAAAUGUAAAAAUGUAAUUUUUGUGUACAGAAAAAACAACCUUUUUCUUUUAAUUUUAAACAUGAUUGAUAUCAUUAUUAAUUUCUAGGUUGUUGAGAAACAAAGAACGACAUUUGAGUUUGAAGUCAAUGAGGAUGACAUUGAAGGUCGCUGGCUGAGGAACGGUGUUGAGCUCCAGUUUUCCGUUGAGCAGAGGUUCAGCUAUGUUUGCAUUAGAAAGCUCCAUCGUCUGACCAUAACUGAGACCUACAGAAGUGAUGCAGGAGAAUACACCUUCAUCGCUGGCAGGAACAGGAGCGUUGUGACACUUUAUGUCAACAGUAAGUCAAACUUCAUGGUAUUGGUUUUAUGGGAGAAUAUAUUUAAUUGCCCUAUAUCUGUGUAAUAAUUACAGUAAUAACUGCAGUUACAUGUCCUUGCCUGUAGAGGGCAUAGCAGUGCCCUCCUACUAGAGUAGCAGCAUAGUAGGUAUAGACUAUGCUGAUAGAGGAUACAGUAUGUCAUUUUUUAACAGCUGGAUUCAAAGUGAUGAUGACAAUGGGCCUUCCUCAGUGUUGCAUCUUUCUUCAUCACAUUUCUUAUUUCAUUUUCUUUUUCAUUUAGUCCCUGAGCCACCUCAGAUCAUUAACCACAUGCAGCCCCUGUCUGUAGAGGCUGGCAAACCUGCUCGCUUCUCUGUGGAAGUGACUGGCGUCCCCCAGCCCCAGGUGUUCUGGUACAAGAACUCCCAGGCUCUCUCCCCAGGCUUCAAGUGCAAGUUCCUGCGUGAUGGGAAUGAGCACUGUCUGCUACUCAUUGAAGUGUUCCCAGAAGAUGCAGCAGUCUACAACUGUGAGGCCAAGAAUGAGGGUGGUGUUGCCACCAGUUCAGCUGCACUGAAUGUAGAAGGUAACAAUUACAUUUUUGUGUGAUAAUAAUGCUAAGUCAACAGAAAUGAUGACAUAACAGAAGACCAAUUGUUGUCAAAAACUAGUUGUAAAGGUACACCAUUCUUACACAUUUUAUGCAUUCCGUAUAUGAUUAUUUUAUCAUAUCAACCUUUUUAUAGAGGGCUAAGAUGACCAUUGUUUUUGUUUCCGAAGAUAUUACCUCACAAAUAAAGAACUGAAAUGGUUUAUUAAUAUAAGAAAGUCGCUAAUUAUCUUUCAUUUCAGUUUCAGAAGUUGUUUCUCCUGACACUGGAGCUCCUCUGUCCCCACCUACCAUCGUCUCACCAAUCAGCAACACCUCAACCACUGAGGGAGAGUCUGCCAGAUUCCAGUGCAAAGUUACUGGAGAAGGUAUUUUGCACAUUACAUUGUUGGGAUGAGUUGGAAUAAAAAGUAUUUUUGUGAAUUUCUAUUGGGUGUAAUUGUGGAAGAAUCCCUUUUGUUAUUAGUUAUUGUCCUAUUGUUGCAUUAGAAGGUGAGGCAGGUGAACCGCUCCAUUAUAAAAAAUAAAAUGUAUUAUAAAUCCCUUGUUAAAAACAUACUAUGAUGUUUCAGUCAGAGACCUUCAUCAGACAGAGCUAAUUUGUCAGACAGUAAUUUUUAAGAAUAAUAUAAUUUAACUUUAUUUUGAAUGUAUGUAUUCAUGUUUGCUGACAAAUAUUAUUAAUGAAUAAAAAACAUUUUAUUCUAAAAAAAAGAUGUCGUUUUAAAUCCAAUCGUCCAUUUGUAGCUCUGAAGAUGUCCUGGUACCGUGGUGAGAAGGAAAUUAAGCAGUCAGACUUCUUCAGGAUUUCUACGUUUGAUGACACCUGCCAGCUGGAGAUCACCAGAGUGUACUCGGAGGAUGAGGGGGAAUACACCUGUGUUGCCAGAAACACGGCAGGAAUGGUCACAUGCUCUGCACAUUUGAAACUUGAUGGUGAGUUUGCAUACCUUUCUGUAACCAGAUGGUUACCUAUAGCCAGAAUAGAUUCCGACUCUACGCUUGCUUACAGCUCCGCUGGGGUCGGGCAGGCUUCCUGUUUACAUUAAGACACCGUGGAGCUGGCGCGAGAUAUGGCUGGGGAAAACCUACUUAGAUCCAGGGAUGAGAAAUUAGUUGUACUCCGAAUUGUCCCAUUAUCCCAACUGUUAAACCGAGAAAGUUGAACGACUGCUAGUUUCUUUUCGGAAAACUGCCCUUAUGCUAGUUAGCAGAAGCCACAACAGCCAUUUUGGAAUGGCAGUGUCAGCCAAUCAGCUCCUUUGUUGUUUAACGCGACAUGCCAUAUCAUAAUGGCUGCUGUGGCUACUGCUAGCUAGCAUGAGGACGAAAACUGCAGUUUACUUUAAAAAACGGCAGUCGUUCAAUCUUCUCAGUGUAACAGUUGGGAUAAUGGGACAAUUCUGAGUAGAACACAUUUCUGGAUUGAGGUACGUUUUCUGAGCCAUAUCUAGAAAUAUUAUCAUUUGGAGCCAUAGAUAACUAAUUUAGCAGAUAAAUAACUUCAAUCUAUAAUAUGAUUAUGCAGUAUCCUCUUAAAUAUAUACUUUUUUCUCUAUGCACAUGACUUUCACUAGAAAUGUACAAACAUGGAUAUGUGUAUCUGUGUCCAUUCCAUAAAAAUGAUCAUACUCAAUUCAUUGAACAUGCUUCCUUUCAGGGCAAAAACAAACUAUGGAUAUUACAUCUGAUUCUCAAAGGCAUGUCUCAUCCAGUCUUUCAUCAAGCUUCUCAAGUGUUAAGAAGGAGCAAAUUGCCCAAAGGCCCAUUUUUAUUCACCCAAUAGAAAGCUGCGUCGUUCAGCAUGGUGAAGUGGCCAGGUUCCAUGCUUGUGUGUCCAGCAUACCAAAGCCAGAUAUUAGCUGGUAUCAUAACCAGCAGCCAAUUAAGCCUAUCAAAGAUAUUGUCUUUCAUUUCGAUGAGAUGACAAACACUGCCACGCUAAUUAUAGUCGACGCUUACUCUGAGCAUGCUGGACAAUACACUUGCAAAGCAACCAAUAACGCCGGAGAGGCGAUGUGCACAGCAACUCUUGCAGUAACCAAAGAAGGUAACUCGUUAUUUACCUCGAAUUAGCCUUUGAUUUUACCGUGUAAUGAAUCAUCUAUUAAUUUUCACAAAUGUCCUUUCUCCAACCGACACCUCUCACUAAACCAACCAAAUUACUUUCUUCUUCUUCUUGGGAAAAAAAUGUUUAUUUACCAUAUUCUAUAUAGUUUACUAACCUCACAAUUUAAAAUCGAAUACUAGAAAUAUGUUAGUCACUUCUUUAGUUCUAAUUCCUAGAUGGGUAUAUGCAGCUUGAGUAGAACACAUUCUCUUCUUGUCAUUCUUCUCUGUCACUCCUUGCUCUCCUUGCAGCUUGAGUAGGUAGUACAUUCUCCUUUUCUCAUUCAUCUAUCUCACUCCUUGCUGUCCUUGGUUGUGAAAUCCCUCUCAGCGAUAGCUCUCUGCACUGUGCAUGUUGUUAUCUAUAUAUACCCUCUCCCUAUCUGGACUUGAAUCUUGACUGUCAAACUUUGCUUUGAUUGUUUGUACCAAUGUUUGUACCCCUGUUUUGUACCCCUGUUUGUACCAUCAAAGUGGAAACGUUCAAAUUAUUGUAAUCAGUUAAAGAGUUUGAGUUAAAAUUGUUAGCAUAACCUCUGAAAAGCAUUUUUGUCCAGCAAUUAAUUACAUCUGGGCUAAGCAUUAAGUCCAAUAUUGCUCCUUGAAAUGAGCAAUCUCAAAAUGAUAGAUGGAUCAAUUCAGUAUCUAAUUUGAUGGGCAACCCUUUUUCUGUAAGUUUGUAGAACUAGGCUCUCACAUACAGAAAGGGUGAAAUGAAGCCAAAAUGGAAAGGAAUUGGUACCCAUCAUCAUCAUAGAUUAUCGUCUUAAAUGACACCAACUCUUCAUUUACUUUACAGUAACCCAUAUGAAGGAAGAGAUUGAAGCAACCAUUGAGCAGGAAGUCAAAGGUAAGACUAAUUUACACUCUUCAUUACUGAAAUGUACUUCAUCAAUGCCUUAGUUGAAUGACAUGUACCUGAGCAUAUGGAUAAGUGAUUUCUGAAUGUUCACACUGCAUGUAAGCGGAAAAUGUUUUUGAUGGAAAAUGUUCUUCUUAUGUAUUCUUCAAUAUCGACAUAAUGUUAUGUCCUUGUAUUAUGUGAUUGGUUUUUGUACAGCAAGCACUGAUUAAAACUGCUUGCUUUUAGAAGUUUUAGAAAAAUGAGUUUUGGCAUCUAUCAAUCUUAUCCUUUACGCAUGAGGGUUCUUACUGGAUUGUAAUGGAUUCCCAAAAAGGUGCAGGAUGUGUAUCUUUUAAAGUUUCCAGACCUCAGGAAAUUAUCCUUUAAAAGAUAUGGGAAUAGCCACAUCUUUUAAUUGCUUCUUAAAGUGUAUUGCAUCUGGAACUAUCCUCCUGCAAAUAUUUCUUAGACUGGCUUGCAGAUAGUGGUAUGUGAUUAAUUGUUUGCUUUUAAAAUAACAUGAUUAUACCUGUAAACUAUAUUAGUUCGAAUAAACGCCUUCUCAUACAAUUCUAGAGCUGCUUUUACAAGUUUUACUUAUUUAUAUCAUUGGAGAGUCAUGUUUCUCAUUAAAUGUUUUUGAAUAAUUUACCCUCAUUCAAAGGAUUAGAAAGGGCGUUUAUUCAUCUUUCUGCAAGUCAGGUAAGGAAUAUUUAGCUUAAGAAUACACUAAGUAAAGCAAAAGCAAGCUUAUUGAAAAAAGCAGAGCAGGUUAUUUUGGAAAUAAUUAUGCUUUUUAAGAAAUUUAUGUUUUGAAGAAAUGUCCACAGAAGAAGGAACAAAACAUCCAGCAAUUUUCGUGUCAGAAUCUUUAAAAAAGAAUCAAGUCUUGCGUUUAUUCGAACAAAUAUGGUGAGUGAAAUUGUUUUUUUUAUGGCUUUGUGACUUGCUGCAUGUACUUAAUAUUUUCAUUAAUAUUCAUUUCAAAAAUUUGAAUUUUAUUAUCUUUUUUUUUUACCCAGAGGGAAUUUUAUUGAAAGGUUUUUUUCUUUUUUCCAGAGUUGUUUUAUAAUAAAAGGACUGAAUCCCGGGAGAACAGAGGACAGAUGCGCAGACCCUUUUCAGACACGGAAGAGGACUUGGAUCAAGCCAACAAUUCAUCCAUCAAAUGGAAUGGGGUUGAUAACAUUAAGCCAUUUUUUACAAAAAAGCUGACAUUCCAGAAUGUUCUAGAGGGAGAACCUGCUGCAUUAAGAUGCAGAUUGGUAGCUUUCCCGAUCCCAACCAUAAUAUGGUUUCAUAACAAUAGACCGAUUCCGAAAGAACGCCGUCGUAGAAUACGUACAGAGAGCACUAUGCACAUGCAUGUGACGAGUUUAGUCAUUGAUAGUAUAAAAGAUAAAGACUCCGGCAGUUACAAAGUAAUGGCUAUUAACACAGAGGGGUCUGCAGAGUCCAUAUCAUCACUUCUGGUGUCAAUGAGGGAAGAACAAGAUGCCAAUUAUCUAAGCCAUGUUAGACGGUCAACUAGACCUCAUGGAAGCUUAGAUUCAUUGGUUGAUCAAAAAAAAGAGAGAAAGUUCAGGGUUGACCUGAGAUGCGUUGGUUCUCCAUUUGAUAAAAAGUCAAAACCGAGGGGCAGAUCCAGAUCUAAGGAUGCGCCGGUUCGCACCUUGUAUUUCAGAAGCUUAUCACCAUCAAGAGGGAAAAAUAA